AUGUUGCGCAUCUUAUUGCUUUCAUUCAUCACAAUCAUCGCUUGUUCAACGUCAAAACGUGAAUAUGUGAUUAAAAAAGAUUUUUUUACUGGUGUAAAAGCAGGCGAAUUUUCGGUCUACGAUCGAACCGGUAAAAAUCUUCAGUAUCGAAUUGAAUCUCGUUAUAAUGCUCUGCAUUCUGUCGAACUUGUGGCCUAUCCAUCAAAACAAGCUAUUGCUCGACUUAAGAAUCAAAUCACACUUUUAUUAUAUAAAGGUACAUUAGAAAUAUUAGAUGCUAAAUCAAACAAAUGGAUUACUGGUACAAUUAAUCAAAAAUUGAAAGUACUCAAUCAUAAAUCUGUAAUCAAUUGGAAUGGAAGACAAUUAUCGAUGAAACAUAACAUACCUUCGUUUACGACAAAAUUUUUUGAUGAAGCACAACGAAAUCGACUUGUGGCCGAGUAUCGAAUACACAUGGUAGCAUCAGCAGUGGCCAAUAAAUAUACAAUGAAGAUCUUCACUGACGAAAUACCUGAUGCACUCUUUUUACUCUGCCUUACUGUUCGAGAUCAUAUUAUUGCAUCAAAAAAACCCUAA